AUCUCGGUCGCCUACCCAAAGUGCCAACGGAGCUGGCUACCUGGCGAAAGAAAGGGUAACGCAGAUAAAACGGAAAUCCGCAUACACGCCUGUUACUAAGGACAACAAAUACUGCGUUAAAAUAACAUCGGGUGUAUUGUGUCAAAAUUUGAUGAAUACCUGUUUCCGUUUUUUGCAUCUAUAUCGUGCAUUGGUCAGUAUAUCCCUAAAUAUUGAGAUGUGAUUUCAAUCACCUAUAUAAGAAUUGAAUUAUUCGGCCAUGAUGGAUAUCAAUGACUCAUUGAAUCGAAGGAUGGUCAUUUUUAUAAAAUAGAAAGAGGAAAAUCGAGAAAACAUGGAUCGUGGUUAUUUUGGCGCUGGCCUUUUGGUAUUUUUGACGCUGUUUACAACACAAUCAGAAGGUGUUUGUAAUGUUCCAAAUUUCGUCACAAUCAAGGAAAACGUAAUGGGUAACAUACUCAAUAAUUCUAUCGCAAAUGACGUGCCGUUUACCUCGGACAUAACAGAGGUCUCUGGCAUCCCAAUGCACAGUCUCGGCUAUGAACAGGCACAAAAAAUACAGGAAUAUUUUUCAUCCAUUAGAACUAAUGUCACCGUAUUGAUCAAUGUUGUUAAACCGCUGGACAAAGAGAGUCUGAUUGUUACAAUGGGGUUAAUUGUGAGUAACAUCAAGUUACGAAUCACGUGUGACAAGGAUAUUACGGACAUGACUGUUAUCGUGGAGUCUGUGAAUGAAUUUCCACCCAAGUUCGGGAAAAGUUAUUAUCAGAUCAAUGUAUCAGAGACUACAAAUGUUAAUUCAGUGGUGUAUACCAUCAAUGACAUCGAAGACAGAGACGUAGAUGAAUCCCUAGUGAGGACGUUUAGUGUUGUCAGAGAUCUCCCAGAGUUUGAUGGUACACCGUAUUUUAAUAUGGAAAGUGGCAGUAGUCCGAACAUCGUGCUUCAGCAGACUUUAGACUACGAUGCGAUAGUCGCAGCUGGGGAGAUUCCUAUAUACUUAGUUAGUGUGGUAGUCGAGGACAAUGGCGGAAGAAGUGAUAAAGCUCUUUUCAACUUUACAAUAAUAAAUGAAGACGAUCUUCCUCCCGCUUUUAUACCCGGAUGUGAGACCCCGAGUGCCUGUACUCCGACCUAUACUUCGGUCGUCAGUGUGGGUCACAUCGGUCCCUUAACCAAUAUUACCCCUGGUAUUGUGAAUGCUGCUGACCUGGAUAAACAACAUUCUGUUAUUUACAGUAUAGUGCCAGACUCUGCCGGCUACAACAAUGACUUCAUAAUUGAUGCGGAUACCGGGGUGCUGUCGGCGCGCUUUCCCAUACUCGAUACAGGUGUCCUAAAUAUCAAGGCAACAGAGAAUUCUGCCUCUCCAAACCCAAAGUAUGCGCUUGCAAAUAUACUUGUUCAAAUUGCAUCCAACCAAGCAACCAAUUCAACAUCAGGAAGACAACCAACAGUUGGCAAAUCAACUGUGGAAGAUUCAAGUGACAUGCUAACGAUAAUUAUUGUCAUUGCCAUUGUAGCAGUCCUGGUGAUUGGAGCUUUAAUAGUGGUGCUGAUCUGUUAUUGCAAACGACAGAAAAAGAAACUGGUGAAUCCAGGAGAUGGCCAUUCAUCCACCUCUCAGGAGGCACUAAAUGCCGAAAAGGAACUUAGCAGUAGUAAGCAAGAACUUUUACAGUCGUAUUCCUUGUUCAUGACGACACCGGAAGGAAAGAACAAUCAACUUCCGCCAAUCGGCAAAGUGGACAUGAUGACAGGAACUGACGAGUUCAAAAAGAGGUCGAGAAGACGAAAAAAGAAAGAGUUGGAGAUAUUCGACGGCACUAAGGAAUACGAAAUGGAGGCAGACAUAGAUUUCUUCAAGCAAGGGUCCAAGUCUAAAAUCAAGCGAUCUACACGCAGUAUUAAAGACCAAAAGCUGGAUCCGAAACAUUGGAUCACGGUACAAGAUGGCUACUUAGAGUAGGGGGUUUCCUGAAUGUUGUUUGUAUUAUGUAGAUAUUAAUGAAAUGUGUGAUUUGUCUAUGAUAAUAAGCUUAAGUGAUUCAUUUGAAUUUAUUGUGAACAAGAGAUUACUUAGAAUUUAACUUGAACAAGAGCUUUUGAACAAGAACUGCGUAUACGUAUUGUGCGAUGUGGAUUUAUUAAAAAAGAAAGAAACGUU